AUGGCGUGCGGUGGCGAUGCCUCAGCAGUGGCCAGCAGGAUACGCAAGCGUGUGUUCCACAUAUGUAGCACAUAUGGUGCCUUUGCUGCGACGAAAACAGAUGGAUCCGUUGUCACUUGGGGUGAUGCGGACUGGGGUGGAAACUCCUCGACCGCGCAGGAUCAGCUCUACAUGAUCUCGUGCGUCUCAGGGACCUUCCGCGCCUUCCUAGACUUCCGGGAGAGUGGCACCUUCUUCUUGGGUGACGAUGCUUUCGACAGCAGCGACGCCAGUUACGAUGGGCUGUUGGUGGGAGUGGCCAGAAUCUCCGGUACCGGUGGUGCCUUUGCAGCCACGAAGGUCGAUGGAUCUGUUGUCACUUGGGGGGAUCCAAAGUGUGGCGGGGAUUCUUCGAAAGUGAAGCAGCAGCUGAGAGGAGUUGUCGAGGUAAGCCACACAGCCGCGGCAUUUGCUGCGCGGAUGGCAGACGGUUCCGUGCUUGCCUGGGGAGAUCCAGCAUGUGGCGGUCAAAGCACAAGCAGCCAGAAGUUGAGAAUGGGCGCAAGGCGUGUCUUCGGUUUGUACAAACUUUUCGCAUGCAUCAGGGCAGAUGGAACUGUCUCCAUGUGGGGAGAUGAGACACUUUGCAUGGACGGAGCCGGUCUGAAAGACGUUGUUUCCGUGGCUGGCACUGCCAAAGCUUGUGCAGCAAUUACGGCAGAGGGAUCUGUGCUGGCAUGGGGAGACGAAAGAUGGGGAGGCGACCUCUCGAAAGUAUCGUCUCAGCUUCAGGAUGUGCAGCAGAUUUGCGCAACAGGCGGAGCGUUUGCAGCUAGAACACAGAGUGGGGCUGUGGUAACUUGGGGCGAUGCUGCAAGUGGGGGCGACUCCUUGGAAGUGUGGGACCAGCUUUCGGAUGGUGUCGUGGACCUGAGCCACACGAGCAGCGCCUUCGCUGCGAGGAAGGCAGAUGGCUCGGUUGUGACGUGGGGCAAUGAGGAUUUGGGUGGAAACUCUUUCGAGCUGUCCUAUGACCUGAGCUCGGACGUGGCGCAAGUUUACGGCAACGGCGCCGCUUUUGCGGCGCUGAAAGUCGACGGAUCGGUCGUGUGCUGGGGCGACGCGAGCGCUGGGGCAAAUAUUAGACUGGAGGGCGUGGUUAACAUAUGCGGCACUUACAGAGCCUUUGCUGCCGUGAAGGAGAAUGGCUCCGUAGUGGCGUGGGGUGAUCCAGACUGCGGAGGAGACUGUUCCAGAGUUGCUGCCGCACUGCGGGGGGAUGUCGUACAGCUUUGCGGAACUUUCGGUGCCUUUGCAGCUGUGAAAAAAGAUGGGACAGUGGUCACAUGGGGAGGUCCAGAAACUGGAGCCGACUCCUCGAUGCUGCAGCCAGUCCAUGAACCAGACAGCAACGACGAGACGAGCUGA